CCCAACUGGGUGGCCUGUCCACAACUCGAGAGCUCGACGCAUCUUAAACAUUGCAGGCCAUCCCCGCUAGUGCUAACCUCGACGCUCAACAUGAAGCUCCUUCUCGCAUGCACUCUCUUCGUCAGCUCGGCAGUGCUCACAUCAGCUCGUCAAUCAGCCAUAUGCUUUGCGUCCGAGGACCAAGUCAAGGAACAGGCGGCUUGCGUGCGGGACCAAGCCGGAGAGUUCAAUGACCGCCUGGACCUCGCCGUCAACAACCUCGGCUGCACGGACGACGUAUGCGCCGUCAAGAAGCUGUGCACCUUUGUGAGCACGGACCGGGCGCUCACGGCACUAUUUACGCGGCCAGAAAAGACACUUUUGCGGAGCCUGUCUCUUCGCUGCUCCGCUGCCGCCGCACUCGUGGGGUCGCCCGCCGUAGCUUUGCCGGUUCAAGCAGCUUUGCCGGCUGCGGCCUUGCCGUCGGCAGCACUACCAGUCGCAGCCGCUGGCCCAGGCUUCCUGGCUCCCAGGCCGUAUUUCUGGGGCGCGAAGGGUUUCGGAGCAUAGGGCGUUUGGUGCAAGGGCGUUCGGCGCAAGGGCUGUCGGCCUCGGAGCCUACGGCGCUGGUGCUUACGGCGCUGGUGCUUAUGGCGCUGGUGUUUACGGAGCUGGUGUUUACGGCGCUGGUGCUUACGGUCCGGGUGCUUACGGCCUCUGGUAACAAGUUCGACCGACGAACGGGAGGACUGGAAAAUUUCAGACUCGCAAAAGUAUUCAAUGCCGGCGUGUGCGUCAUGGAAAGUGACAAGUUUUCUCAAGAACUGAAAGCAACGAUAUACUGUACUGAGGUCAAAAUAAAUAUUUUUAUUGUUCAAACGAGCA